CCUAAUACUUAUCAUUUUGAAGUAGACAUCAGUCAAAGUCAAUAAUAAGAAACGAUCGGGUGUGACUUGUGAGCGUGUUACAUGUGGACGGAAACGGGAACGUAGCAAUGGCGCCCAAAUUCAAAAAUUCGAAACGACAAAAACGAGAAAGGAGGCAUCCAAUGCGGUCCCAUCCACACAAACAUCCAGUGGAUAAACGAUCUAACGGUCUCACAUAAACCACCAUCACUUUGCGGGCCCCACUCCAAAGCAAAAUUAAAUCAUCACGAUCCACGCGUCAAGAUCAGGCUCGCGUGCCGAUAUCAUUUGAAAACUGAUAAGAGUCCUCUCUAUCUCUGGCCUUUGAAUUCCAAUUCCAACACCGAGUUGAAUCGCGACGAAGAUGAAGACCGAAUCGCGUUCGAAAGAGGAAACAAAGACGUAUCAGGAAUGGUUUAAUUUGGCAGAUUCAGAUGGAGAUGGUCGAAUCUCUGGGAACGACGCCACAAAGUUCUUCGCUCUCUCCAACUUGUCGCGCUCGCAACUGAAGCAACUCUGGGCUCUCGCCGAUGUCAAAAGGCAAGGGUUUUUGGGCUUCACAGAGUUUGUUACUGCAAUGCAGUUGGUUUCGCUAGCACAAGCAGGGCAGGAACUUAAAUCAGAUAUCCUCAAAACGCAAAGCAAGUUUGACAAGGAAAAUAUUAAACCUCCCGUAUUGGAAGGACUCGAUGCUUUAGUAGCACAAAUGAGUUUAACAAUUAGUGCCCCGCCGGAAGUAAAUGGGACUCCUCAGCCUCAAGUGUUCCCAACUAACCGGUGGUUUGGUUCAAAAUCUUCAAAGAAAUUAUCUCUGAAUUCAGUUACAUCAAUCAUUGAUGGCUUAAAGAGAUUGUAUAUUGAAAGGUUAAAGCCCUUGGAAGUUGCUUAUCAAUACAAUGAUUUUGUGUCUCCAUUGUUGACCAACACUGAUUUUGAUGCUAAACCAAUGGUCAUGCUUCUUGGUCAAUAUUCAACAGGAAAAACUACAUUUAUAAAACAUUUGUUAAAAUGUGAUUAUCCAGGAGCACAUGUUGGACCAGAACCUACCACCGAUAGAUUUGUUGUUGUCAUGUCUGGACCUGAUGAGAGAAGUAUUCCUGGAAAUACUAUUGCUGUCGAUGCUGACAUGCCUUUUGGUGGCCUGACAACAUUUGGAGGUUCAUUUUUAUCUAAGUUCCAAUGCUCUCAAAUGCCACACCCUUUGUUAGAUGAAGUAACAUUUGUGGACACUCCUGGUGUCCUAUCUGGAGAGAAACAAAGGACUCAAAGAAGCUAUGAUUUCACUGGUGUUGUAUCUUGGUUUGCUGCAAAAUGUGAUCUCAUCCUUCUCCUAUUUGAUCCUCAUAAAUUAGACAUCAGUGAUGAGUUUAAACGUGUAAUUGCAUCUCUACAUGGUAACGAUGACAAGAUACGAGUGGUUUUGAACAAGGCAGACCAAGUUGAUACUCAACAACUUAUGAGAGUUUAUGGAGCAUUGAUGUGGUCACUGGGUAAAGUUCUAAAUACUCCCGAAGUUACACGUGUAUAUAUUGGCUCAUUUAAUGAUAAGCCUAUGGAUGAAGGCUUCGUCAGUCCAUUAGGACAGGAUCUCUUUGAGAAGGAACAAAAUAAUCUGCUUGCUGAUUUGAUGGAUAUUCCAAAGAAGGCAUGCGAUCGUCGGAUCAAUGAAUUUGUGAAACGUGCAAGAUCUGCUAAAAUUCAUGCAUAUAUAAUUAGCCAUCUUAAGAAGGAGAUGCCUGCUAUAAUGGGCAAAGCCAAGGCUCGACAAAGACUUCUUGAUAAUCUUGAGGAAGAAUUUGCAAAGGUUCAAAGGGAGUUUCAUCUACCAGCCGGUGAUUUUCCCAAUGUUGAACACUUCAGAGAAGUUCUAAAUGGUUAUAACAUUGACAAAUUUGAGAAACUAAAGCCUAAAAUGAUUCAAGCAGUAGAUGACAUGCUUGGGUUUGAAAUACCAGAGCUUUUGAAGAAAUUCAGAAAUCCUUACGAUUAAAAUAAUAAAAAAAUGUUGGAAAAUGUUGUCAUUUUUUAUGUAUGUUUAUCAAGUUUGAGAUCUUAAUGUUUAAGUUAAUUAUUGGAUUGUGGAUGGUUUCAUUUUCAGUGUCUAAUAUCCAUAUUCUAUUCA